CUUCCUGUCACAUGACACGUCCCGCGUUCUUCUGCCGGGUGGUGUCAGUAAAGUAGAUGGUGACUGUUCUUAUUGGAAGGAGUAUCUGACAGCUGUCAUGUCCGCUGAGCUGCUGAGCUGGUGUGUCGGAGAGCUGGACCGCCGCUUCGGAUUAAGCGUCAGCGAAGACGUCGUCCAGUAUAUCCUCUCCAUUGAUGAUUGGGAAGAAACGGAAGAUUACAUAAAUGACCUUGUCCAGGGCCAUGAUGAGCAGAAACAAGGCUUCAUCAAUGACUUAAAAAUAUGCUGGCACAGAAUAAAGAAUCCUCGCGGCGCCUCCUCUUCACCGAUCUGUACAAAAGAUGACACACCAGGUAUGCAGGGGUUAUCCUUUACAGACCAGUCAAAAAAAGGCAGACGUAAAGGAAGGAACAAGCUGGAACCUCUCCCAAAUUCUGCUGUGACUGCUACCGCUGCUGAAGAGGUUAAGACCCCAAUGGACUUGGCUAAGCAAGCUCAAGCUCAGGAAAUGGCUGGUUUGUCAUCUUCAAAGAAAAAGCAGAAGUAUGUCAACCUUUAUACUAAAGAAGGACAGGAUCGCUUGACUGUACUGAUCCCAGGCCGUCACCCCUGUGAAUGUCUGGCUCAGAAGCAUAAGCUUAUUAACAACUGCACAACCUGUGGCCGUAUUGUGUGUGAACAGGAGGGAUCGGGACCAUGUUUGUUUUGCGCCAACCUGGUGUGUACAAGAGAAGAGCAAGAUAUUUUACUAAGAGACUCCAACAAAAGUCAGAAAUUGCGAAAGAAACUCUUGGGCGGUGCUGAAACAAGUUUGAAAAUGGAUCUUCUACCACAUCAAGAAAUGCGCCUUAAGGAAGGCUUAGAAAGGGCCACGCAGCAUCGUGACAAGCUCCUGGAAUAUGAUAAGACAAGUGUUCGACGCACCCAUGUGAUAGAUGAUGAGUCUGAUUACUUCUCCGCUGAUUCCAACCAGUGGUUGUCCCAGGCAGAACGUGAGACUCUUCGCAAGAAGGAACGGGAAUUGCAAGAGCUGCGUCAUGCUUCUCGGCUUCCUCGCAAGAUCACUAUAGAUUUCGCAGGACGCAAAGCUGUGGAAGAAGGAGGAGACUUGUCGGAGUAUCACAAACAGUUUGAUGAAGUUGUACAUGCAGUUAACUCAGGCACAUUAUCAAAGCCAGUGAGACGUUCAGGAGAAAAUACACGGGAUUCCCUGCUUUUGAAUCCAGCCUUGGCAUUUCCCCCACCAGUGUGGGUUGAUCAGGUGAGUGCAACUUCAAAUAGGAAGAGGACCGGUAUAGAAGAUGCAGAUGAGCGGAGCAGACUUCGCAUACAGGACAGAGAACUGCAGGAGAUUAGUGAUCAGGGCAUGUGCCUUAGCAUGCACCAGCCAUGGGCUUCACUUCUUGUUGCUGGCAUUAAAAGGGUGGAGGGCCGAUCAUGGUACAGUGCACAUAGAGGUCGUCUAUGGAUAGCAGCUGCAGCUAAAAGGCCUUCCCCGCAGGAAAUCUCGGAGCUAGAGGCAUCAUAUCGAGUACUACUUCAUAAAGAUAUUCAUUUCCCCAAGGAUUACCCAACUGGCUGCCUGCUCGGGUGUGUGAAUGUAGUUGACUGUCUGGCACAGGAUCAAUUUAAGGAACAGUAUCCAUCUCUUGGCCAGGAAUCUGCUUCUCCAUUUGUUUUUAUCUGCACAAACCCUGAAGAACUGCUCUUAAAAUUCCCCAUCAAAGGACAACACAAGAUCUGGAAACUGGAUUCUAAGAUUCACCAAGGUGCCAAGAAAGGAGUAAUGUUCAGCAAAGGGAGAACAGGACAAGCUGAGGAAAGUGGCUCAGCAUUCUGCAGAUGAAGCCUUCCCAAUAACUUGCCUUUACAGAAUGUAGUUUCCUUAUCAUUCACUCUAAAAUUUGAUUUUGGAUUUAUGAACAUAUUCCAAAAAUGUGAUUAUAAAGGUCUAUUUAUUUUAGUAAACUGGCAAAGAUGA